AUGAAGGACUUCCCUGGGACUCCGGGGACAUUCAGCAGUCUCAUCUUCCGGAUUUUGCAGUCGUUGUUCGCAGCCGGCUCGAUUGCUUCCAUGGCCACCUCGCCUGGCUUUUCAUCCUACACAGCUUUCUGGUACUGCACCUUUCCCAAUUUCUGCCUCUGCCCUUGGUUAUUUCUUUGAGGAUCCUUUAAUUCGUAUAAUUCAGUCACUAUCUAAUGAGUUUAGUUAGUGAUUUGCAAUCCAUUCUACCCGGCCGAAUCCAUAAGAUCUCACAUUCUUUUUCCGUCCGCCGAGGUUCAGAUUGGUUAUUAUUUGAUCACGUUUCAUGCAAGGUGCAAGAUUACCAACUCCUAUAAGGACUCGCACCUUCGCUUUCAACUGAUAGGACAUGGAUAUCCUGAUAGUUGUCCUCUAGGUUUGUGAUAGAGAAAUGUAUGUUUCAAACGAGUAAUCAGGCUCAGACUUGAACCUCCUGCAGUUUUCAGAUAGGAAAAAUGAUACACCAACCGAUGAUAUCUUCUUUCGACAUGAUGGUAGAAUGCCUGACAUGUUUAACCUUGGAUUAUCAUCGUUGGCUACCUGGUUUUACAUCUGUGCCUGAGUCCUCCCAAAUUACUGAUAAAAUAUGUUUAUAUCACUUUUUUUAAAAGGAUGAGGAAUAAGCAGUAUUUGAAGUAGCCCCUUCCCUUCACCCACGCAAGAAAACAAAGAAUAUUAUCGAUCCUGUCUCAUUUAUCAUAUGAACUCGCUUGUGGGGUGGUAGAUAGGGGAAUCACAGAAGAAAUCUUGGGAGAAAGGUAUGUCCCUUUGUUAUACAGGAUCUUGACAUGUUUCAUUAUUGGACCUAGUUUGCCAAUAUCUUUCUCUAUUCACAUUCUUGAAAUAUUGUGCUUAUUGAGGGGCCAAUAACCACCUGUCCAACAACGCCAGUAACAUCAGGAAUGCAGAGUCUAGGACCUCUCCAGUAUAAGCCCAAUGAUUUUGUAUUCUGAAAUUGAUUGCUAUUUAAUCUGGGUGAGUAGGUCAUGCCCCAGAAUGUGAGAUAACUUUAAAAGGUGAUAUUCUCACUAAUGUGAAUAGUUCUUAUCAUCAAAGUGCAUUGUCAUGAAAAUUUUCAGACGUACGUAUCCAUUUUCAGGGGUUAAUUUUAUUUUACAAGUUCCACUUGCUUAUAAAUCGAAACUUUUUUUAUACCUGAAGCAGACUUUUACUAUUGGGGUGAAGAGUGGAGAAAGGUUCCUUCUGUGAUGCUGCUCCUUGUUUAAGCUAUGAAAACUGUACAUAGGAGAUGUUAAGAACGAAGAUGUGUAAAAUGCAUAACCCAUUAGAAUAGGUGCGCAAGAAUAAUAUUCCAAGGAAAAUGUUUUUUUUCUUAUUAUGCAGUAUAUUUAGGUUGGCCUGCGUUGAAGCAAAAAUGAAAGACCGACAUUAAAUAUGUACCUAACUACCCAUUCGUGACCAUCAAGGAUAGCUGGUCAUCAGAUAACCUCACCAAUCUUUGGAUUCAACAACCUGUUAAUAGGAAAAGGCUUUCUAGGGAAAUGAUGUUAAAACUACCCAAAAAAUGCAUAUUUGUUUUAUUUAUGAUUAAUUGGGUUUUUGGCAAUUCGUGUACUUGUGUCCAAACCAACUCUUUUAUGAUUUAUCAGGGUUUGAGCCAAUCCAUUGGUAGCCCUACAGUUUAUGCAGCCUCAUGAGUAUAUAUGACAUGCUGUUUGGAAAACUUCUGGGUAUCAUCUUUUUAUUUCACAAUGGAGGAUUCUCUCAUUUGUAGUGACAUUAGAUCUGUAGUGAACCUGAUUUGAAAUUAUACCUCAGAGAUACUUAGGAAACGACACCACCUGUGGUAGCUCUGUUAUCUCUUCUCCCACUUCUCUCCCUGCUCUUGGAAAUUUUCUGCUCAUAUGUACACCACCUAGUGUACAUACCCAUUUCUUGCUGAGUGGAAAACAUCUAUACAAUUUCAAAUUUUAUGUUCUUAACUCCUUUGUUGAUCUCAAGUUUCUUCACCAACUACUGGAUUGACACUUUGGGUCUGAGUAAUAACGGUUUAUGAGCCCAUGGAUUAUAACUCGAUAUGUGCCUAGAACAAACCAGAGUGAGCUGUUUCCAGUCUUCUACCAUUGUGAAUCAGAGGACAGGUAUUAUUCAGUGAUACUUAGUUCUAUGUGCGCCUCUCUGGAAGCCAUUUCCAGUCGGAAACUAGUUCUAGAAAGUCAUAUAGGGGAAUAAUGAUACUAACUAAACUUAGUAAUGGGGCAACCCCACAAAUAUUCUACAAAGAACAUUUUAUUGAUUGAGAUCAUAUCUUUCAAUCAUUGAACUGCACAAACGUAGCAUGAUUCGUGUAUAAUCUUGUGUUACUCAGAUGUAUGACUGCUACUCUCUCUCUCUCUCUCUCUCUCUGAUCAAUCUUCUCUCUGGUUUCUCACCUCCGUCCAUCAUGUUUCACCUUGCAGCUACCUAAUAGUAUCCAUGGCUCUGCAAUUUAUAUGGAGCUUGGGCCUCGCAUUCUUGGAUCUUUACCAGCUGGUGAAGAAGACCGACUUGCACCAGUCCAUCUUAGUGAGCCUCUUCGUCGCCGGCGACUGGGUAACUAACUCACACCCAUCCUUUCUUCUUGUGGAUCGUUUCCUUUUCCUCAAGGCUCCAUUGUAGUGGCAUCAAGCGACCCCGGUGUAUACAACCCCAGCCCAAACACCUUUCAUAGAAAAGCACAAAAACGGGCUCUUGAACAUAAACCCUCCACACUAACUUAUUUCAUAGGUUCAGAUGGCCACGUGUGUUCUCCUCGGAAAGCCAUGUGGCAGAAAUUGGCAUGGACCUCCAAUUUCGGGCUCAUUGUUGAACCACAAAUUAUAGAAACAAACAACCGGGCCGGGCUCAGAAUUACCCCUCCCAGCCCAAUUAUUGACAAUGGAAAUUUUACUUCCUCAGGUCACCGGAAUGCUGUCCCUUGGGGCAGUGUCUGCCUCGGCGGGCCUGGCAGUCUUCUUCAGCAAGGACUUGGAUUUCUGCAAGGUGGUCCCUUGCUGGAACUACCAGCUGGCAAUCUCCCUUGGUUUUUUUAGCUGGUUACUUGUUUGGUUCUCCUCUCUUGUUAUGCUAUGGCUUUUGGCCACUGGCUAG